GUUCCUGAUUUCCUGAAACCUCGUCACCCGCCCAGUUAGGUUUCCUUUGACACUGUCUCUGUGGGGAAUCGCAAUGCUGCGAUUUGAUAUCUGAAACCACAAAACAGAACCAAAGAUGGCAUUUUGGUGCAGCAGACUCACCCAAUCCAAGCUCAGGCAAUUAGCUCAUCUAUCCAAGACCAUUCCUUAUGCUUCUUCUUCUUCUUUGCUGAACCCAACUGCUUCCAAGCCAUGCGUCUCAGACAACCCAUUGAUCUCUAAUCUUGGUUUUGGCAGUAAAGCUAGGUUCUUUGCCGCUCCCGUUCAGCCAAAUGCUAAUGCAAAGAAGGCAGAGCAGGGCACGAAUGGUCCGAGGUUGAAUGAGCAUAUUAAAGCCAAUGUUAUUAGGCUUGUUGUGGGCGAAGAACAUUUUGUCAUCUCAAAGAGUGAAGCUCUUCAACGUGCAAGGAAUCUUGAGCUUGAUUUAGUCGAGGUUCAACACUCUGGUAAUCCUCCUGUUUGUAAAAUCAUGGAUUACCACAAGGAGAGGUAUAAACAAGUAAUAAGGGAGAAAGAGCGGAUUAAAAUCAAGUCUAAGGAAGUUAAGACUUUGCGUUCAGACACUAAGGAAAUCAAGUUUUCUCCAAAGACUGAGGCAAAGGAUCUCAAGAUGAAAGCAGACAUGGUGAAGAGACUUAUGGACAAGGGUUACCGGGUGAAGUGUACUGCCUCGGAUUCUGAAGGUCGGGACUUGAGAGCAGUUUUCUCUGGUCUCAUUGCGCUGAUAGAAGAGACAGCUUAUAUUGAAUGUGAUCCUACGGUAGGAAAAGGAAAAGAAUCGUUUAUAAUGGUCAGGCAUGUGAAGUUCGGCCCACCAAAGUCUGGUGCGAAAAAAAAGGCUGAAGACAAAGAGGGCACUGAGAAAGGUAGUAGUGGUAAUGGUACUGGGGUUACUACAACAACAGCAGACACAGAUCCACUCCCUCCACAAGGAUCUUCCGGUCUGGCCCACGCUCCCUAUCAAAGUAGAGAGAUCCCAGUUCCACAUUCGUCACCAUCUAUGAGAGAGCAGCAUAUUCCUCACGGUGAAACUCACAGAGCUCCUCCAUCGGCAUUUAGAAACUCUGCUCCUCUUCCUAACGGUGUUCCCAAGCAAGAACCAAUAAACAUGCACUUCCCAUCUCCUGGGAGAGAAACCCACAGAGCUCCUCCAUCGGCAUUUAGAAACUCUGCUCCUCUUCCUAACAGUGCUCCCAAGCAAGAACCAUCUAAUUCUAUUCCUCCCCGCUCUGCGGGCAAGCAAGAACCAUCUAGUCCUAAUCCUCGUUCUCGUCCUCCAGGACUUGGUUAUGGGAUAUUUAGCAACCCAACAGGUAAUGGUUCUGUGAGUCAAGGGGUGUCGGAAAGGUUUCCGGCAAAUCCAAACUCACUGAGUUCAAGAUCUUAUAGCAACCAAAGACCAGGAACAGACGUUGGUAAUGAUGGAAAGGGAAGAUGGGGAACCUUUGGUAGAGAGAGCUCUACAGACCCUAACCAGCCAAACUAAAGAUGCAGACAUAUUAUAAUGCAUGUUUAGAGAUUGUUUUAGAAGUAUCAUGCUGUAUGUGCCAAUAAUUAUUUGUAAUUGUGGUCACACACUCACACUGAGAGUUUUGCCCCUUCUCAAGAUUGCAUCUUUAUGCCUUUGGUUUGCAAGAGGGUCUAAUCUUUCUUU